GAGAGAGAGAGAGAGAGAGAGAGAGAGAGAGAGAGAGAGAGAGAGAGAGAGAGAGAGAGAGAUUUCAUCGCUUUCUGAGACAGGGUGGUUGGUGGGAGCGGCAACGAUCAGGAGAGGAUGGCGCUGUCUAGGCUCCGUAUGUGGGUGAUAACGGCGACAGCUGUUUGGUUAGCGCUUGCGAUGGAUAGCAAGUCGUGGAGAGUGUCGGCGCAAGCAACGGCUGUCGUAUCCGCAUCACCAUUAACCGCUGAAGAAGCUGGACUGGCGUCCGCUUACAGUCCGCCAUCGCCGGACGAGGUGAACUUGUUCGAGUCGUGGCUAGCGCAAUGGUCAAUUCAAGCUCGAUCACGCAGUCCAUCGGCGCCUGUGCCUCCGGAAGUCCUGGCGUUAUUCGGAGGCCCGGGCGACACAGGUGUGACGAGCGGCACGCCGGGAGUCGUAGCAGUCGAAGGCGGAGCAGGAGGACAGGUCGCAAUGACUGGGGGAGGGAGGCGGAGAAGAAGAAGAAGAAGAAGAAGCCUACUUACUGUUGAGCCUGCUCUUGAUGGUGAUCAGCUCCACGCUCCUCCUCAUCCUUCUUCUCCCUUGGGAGGGAGGAGGGAGCUUCAGCAGCCGGCUUCAUCUCUCUCUCCUGCACCUGGCAAUACCGCUUCGCGGAAUGCCCGACCUCCUUCUUCUUCUUCCAUCCCUGGAGUCGACGCUGUUGUCGCUAAAGACGGUUCUGGCCAAUUCACGACCGUCCAAGCCGCGGUGAACAACGCCCCCGGCAACAAGAGGUACGUAGUGUUGGUGAAGCGGGGGACGUACGUGGAGAAGGUAGUGGUGAGCAAAGCCUACGUGACCCUUCGAGGGGAGGGGCCGUAUCUCACGAAGCUGACUUACAGCGAUACGAACGCCGCGACAGGAAGCACACCGGCGUCGGCGAGCGUCUCGGUGACAGGCAAUUUCUUCAGCGCUGAAGACAUCGAAUUCGCCAAUGGCGCCCCACGCCCAGACACAUCCAGUCGCAACGGGCAGGCUGUGGCCAUCCGGAUCGAAGGCGAUCAGGCAGCCUUCUACAACUGCAGGUUCACGGGCUACCAAGAUACUCUGCUCUCUCUUCGAGGGAGGCAUUACUUCAAGAACUGCUAUGUUCGGGGGUCGGUGGAUUUCAUCUUCGGAGAUGGCACGGCCAUGUUCCUCGACAGUGAUCUUUACGCUGACGUCAUCGACAAAGGCGGCUACUUGACCGCGCAGCUCAGAGGGACCGCCACGUCGACCACUGGUUUCGUCUUCUUGCGCUGCAAAGUGAACGGCAACGGCCUUGUCUACCUGGGCCGGCCGUGGGGAAAUGCGGCACGCACUGUCUUCGCUUACACGUAUCUGAGCGAGAUGGUCCAACCCAAGGGAUGGAACGACUGGGGGAAAGACGUGAAGAAGCUGACGGUCUUCUACGGAGAGUACAAGAACACGGGUCCGGGGGCAGCGACCGGUCGCCGGGUGAACUGGUCGCGUCAGCUCACUGACGCGCAGGCCAAGCCGUUCCUGACCGUCGAUUUCAUCAAUGGGAUGAGCUGGAUCCCUCAGUGCGGGCUUAAAGGAUUGACAGGCAAAGUGUGAUGACGUCAACCUCAUACUACAAUAAAUCGGGAGCAUAUCAGGACACAGCCAUGGCUGGAAAGACUGGGGAAGGGGGGUGGGCAGGUGGGGGAGAGCUGGUGGGGGGGUUGAUUGAUCCAAUGGGCCAUCGCGGACCGGAUGGCUCAGUCAGACUAUCUCCGCCCCCACCGACCCCCUCCGCUCGUUUGUCUUACACAGUAAUACACACUGUCCCGUUACGGUUUAUCCUCUCUGUUUGACGUUGCCUCUCUUCGACUUGAAAUUCGUCGUGUCGGAUUUUCCCACUCUGUCCGUUGUCAUCCUGCCCUUCCCCACACACGA